AUGGCUGGGAACAACUCUGACACCCGCACGGCUGGCUGCCUCCUCACCGGCAUCCCAGGGCUAGAACAUCUACACAUCUGGCUGUCCAUCCCGUUCUGCACCAUGUAUAUAGCUGCCCUGAUAGGCAAUGGCAUUCUGAUUUGCAUCAUUGUCUCCCAGCCAAGCCUGCAUGAGCCCAUGUACACCUUCCUGUCCAUGCUGGCCAGUGCUGAUGUCUUACUCUCAACCUCGACCAUGCCCAAGACGCUAGCCAACUUCUGGUUAGGGUCUAGCCACAUUUCCUUCAAUGGCUGCCUCACACAGAUGUUCUUCAUCCACUUCCUCUUCGUGGCUGACUCUGCCGUCCUGCUAGCGAAGGCCUUUGACCGCUACGUAGCCAUCUGCUCCCCUCUGCAAUAUGCCACCAUCCUCACAAGGAACAUCAUUGGGAGGAUUGUCAUGGCCACUCUCUCCCGCAGCUUCAUUAUCAUGUUUCCGUCCAUCUUUCUCCUCAAGCGCCUGCACUACUGUCAUGUCAACAUUAUUGCACACACAUUUUGUGAGCACAUGGGCAUUGCCCGUCUGUCCUGCUCUGAUAUCUCCGUCAAUGUCUGGUAUGGACUGGCAGCUGCUCUUCUGUCCACCGGCCUGGACAUCAUGCUUAUUGCUGUUUUUUAUGUUCACAUCCUCUGUGCUGUCUUCCGCCUCUCUUCCCGAGAAGCCGGAGCCAAAGCCCUGAGCACUUGUGGCUCCCAUGUCUGUGUCAUCCUGCUCUUCUAUGUCCCUGCCCUCUUCUCUGUCUUUGCCUACAGGUUUGGUGGGAAAUACAUCCCACACUAUGUCCAUAUCCUGCUGGUCAGUCUCUAUGUGGUUAUCCCGCCCAUGCUCAACCCUAUAAUUUAUGGUGUGAGGACCAAGCAAAUUUUGGAAGGGGCUAAGCAGAUGUUUGCAAAUUGGCCAAAGAAUUUAAAUAAAUGCUCUUGA